CGGCGGCAGUCUGCAUGAGGGCUCGAGCCGGAGCAGAAGCAUCCGGGCCGGACUGCGCAGAGAUGCCGCGCACGUAGACGCGACAUGCGGACACGGCGCCUCACCUCCCCGCUCACCUCCUCGCUGAUGUCACGGUUCAAACACCGUUCAGAUAAUUUUUGUGUGUGUUUUGAAAUGGCGGCGCUGAGGUCGAGGUGAGCAGCUCCGUUGCUCGGUCCGCUCGCCUGCCGGGGAGUGCGCACUUUUUCCCUCCCUUCCUUUUUUUUAUGCUAGGGGCAAGCAGCCAACACAGAUAAAUCCCGUUUUUGCUCUAUAUUUUUUGUCGAUUUUUGCGUGAGGAAUCAUGACGACGGGGCAGGAUGAAAGCUCAGUCCGCGUGGCACUGAGGAUUCGUCCUCAGCUGGCCAGGGAGAAGAUAGAAGGAUGUCACAUCUGUACCUACGUGAUGCCCGGGGAGCCUCAGGUGAUCCUGGGCAAAGACAAGGCCUUCACCUACGACUACAUGUUCGACAUGGACUCCCAGCAGGACGCCAUCUACACCACCUGCACCGAGAAGCUGAUCGAGGGCUGCUUCGAGGGCUACAACGCCACCAUCUUUGCAUACGGACAGACGGGUUCGGGGAAGACCUACACCAUGGGGACGGGCUUUGACGUCAACAUCCCGGAUGAGGAGCUCGGCAUCAUCCCCCGCGCCGUCCACCACCUCUUCAAGGGCAUCGAGGAGCGCCGACAGGCCGCCCAGGAGCAGGGGCGCCCCGUACCGGAGUUUAAAAUCAACGCCCAGUUCCUCGAGCUUUAUAACGAGGAAGUUCUGGACCUGUUUGACUCCACACGAGACAUGAAGCAGAAGUCUCACAUCAAGAUCCACGAAGACGCCACCGGGGGAAUCUACACAGUGGGGGUGACCACGCGGACUGUGUCCUCCGAGGCCGAGAUGAUGCAGUGCCUGAAGCUGGGGGCUCUGUCUCGCACCACAGCCAGCACUCAGAUGAACGUCCAGAGCUCUCGAUCCCACGCCAUCUUCACCAUCCACCUGUGCCAAGUCCGCGUCUGUGCCUCCGACAAUCAAGAAACCGAGACCGAUAACAGAGUCUCCAACGGAAACUCCGAGAUGGACGAGUACGAGACGCUGACAGCCAAAUUUCACUUUGUGGACCUGGCCGGCUCUGAGAGGCUGAAGAGGACCGGAGCGACGGGUGAUCGAGCCAAAGAGGGCAUCUCCAUCAACUGUGGACUGCUCGCUCUGGGGAAUGUAAUCAGCGCUCUGGGUGACCGAGGCAAGCGGGCCUCACAUGUGCCUUACAGAGACUCCAAACUCACCCGACUUCUACAGGACUCAUUAGGAGGAAACAGCCAAACGGUGAUGAUCGCCUGCAUCAGCCCGUCUGACCGUGACUUCAUGGAGACGCUGAACACGCUGAAGUACGCCAACCGAGCCCGCAACAUCAAGAACAAGGUGAUGGUGAACCAGGACAAGGCCAGCCAGCAGAUCAGCUCUCUGAGGACGGAGAUCGCUCGACUGCAGAUGGAGCUGAUGGAGUACAAGACGGGUAAACGCAUGGCGGGUGAGGACGGCGUGGAGAGCUUCAGCGACAUGUUCCACGAGAACUCCAUGCUGCAGACGGAGAACAGCAACCUGAGGGUGAGAGUGAAGGCCAUGCAGGAGACCAUCGAUGCCCAGCGGGCGCGGCUCACCCAGCUGCUCAGUGACCAGGCCAACCAGGCCCUCACCAGGGCGGGUGAAGGUGGAACUGAAGAAAUUGGAAACAUGAUUCAGAGUUACAUCAAAGAGAUUGAAGACCUCAGAGCCAAACUCCUGGAGAGCGAGGCCGUGAACGAGCAUUUGAGGAAGAAUCUGUCCCGUGCCUCCAACCGUCAGUCGUUCUACGGAGGGCCCGGCUCCUUCUCCUCCACGGCUCUGGCCCCCGAGAAGGAGACCUCCGACAUCAUCGAACUCGCCAAGAAAGACCUGGAGAAGCUGAAGAAACGAGAGAAAAAGAAAAAGAAAAGCGCCAACAAGGAGGAAGUUCCCGACAACGAGCAGGAAAAGGGCACCGAGAAGGAAAUGACGGAGCGAGUCAGCGAGGACGCGGAGAUGGAGGUCCAGGAAGGCAGCGACCACGAGGAAGGAGAAGAGGAGGAGGAGGAGGAGGAAGAGGAGAUGGAUGUGGAGGAGAGCUCGGAUGAUUCUGACUCUGAGUCGGAUGAGAAAGAGAACUUCCAGGCCGAUCUGGCCAACAUCACCUGCGAGAUCGCCAUCAAGCAGAAGCUGAUCGACGAGCUGGAGAACAGCCAGCGGCGGCUGCACACGCUCAAACAGCAGUACGAACAGAAGCUGAUGAUGCUGCAGUGCAAGAUCAGGGACACCCAGCUGGAGAGGGACCGUGUCCUCCAAAACAUGAAUUCGGUAGAAAGCGGCACGGAGGACAAAGCUCGCAAGAUCAAGGCUGAGUACGAGAAGAAGCUGAGCGUCAUGAACAAGGAGCUUCAGAAGCUCCACUCGGCUCAGAAGGAGCACGCCCGCCUGCUGAAGAACCAAUCGCAGUACGAGAAGCAGCUGAAGAAGCUUCAGAUGGACGUGGCGGAAAUGAAGAAGACGAAGGUCCGUCUCAUGAAGCAGAUGAAGGAGCAGCAGGAGAAGAACAGGAUGAACGAGUCUCGCAGAAACCGAGAAAUCGCUUCCUUAAAGAAAGACCAGCGCAAGCAAGAGCACCAACUGAAGUUGCUGGAGGCUCAGAAAAGGCAGCAGGAGCUCAUUCUGAGGAGAAAGACCGAGGAGGUGACAGCUCUGAGGAGGCAAGCCAGGCCUACCUCGGGUAAGGUCAUCAGGAAGGUCAAUCUGCCGGAACCGGUCCAGGACUCCCCCCACAGACCACCAUCUGGACGCAUGUACUCCUCCGGCAACGCUGCUCCCAACGGCACUCGGUCUUCCUACAGGCGUACGGUCGGGGUUUACUCCACCAGAGUCGCACGUAAUAAAUGGCAGUCUCUGGAGCGACGGAUCUCUGACGUCAUCAUGCAGAGGAUGACCAUCUCCAACAUGGAGGCCGACAUGAACCGCCUCCUCAAGCAACGGGAGGAGCUGACCAAGCGUAAAGAGAAGGUCAUCAGGAAGAGGGACCGGCUGGUCAGGGAGGGGCCAGACGCGGAGAAGGCGAUGCUUCCCCUGAACGAGGAAGUGGACGCGCUGACGGCCAACAUCGACUACAUCAACGACAGCAUCGCAGACUGUCAGGCCAACAUCAUGCAGAUGGAGGAAACCAAGGAGGAGGGCGACACAGUGGACGUCUCUGCUGUGGUUGGUUCCUGCACCCUGACAGAAGCUCGCUUUCUCUUGGAUCACUUCAUGUCAAUGGCUAUCAACAAGGGUCUCCAGGCAGCCCAGAGGGAGUCUCAGGUGAAGGUGAUGGAGGGCCGGCUGAAGCAGACGGAGAUCACCAGCGCCACACAGAACCAGCUGCUCUUUCACAUGCUGAAGGAGAAGGCGGAGUUCAACCCGGAGCUGGACGCGCUGCUGGGGAACGCGCUGCAAGAGCUAGGUAACAUCCCGGCUGAAAACGGGGACGACAGCAGCAGUGAUGAGUCUGCACAGAGUCCUUCUGCAGAGGGAAACACCUUGGCUUCAGACCUCAUGAAGCUCUGUGGAGACACCAAAACAAGAAAUAAGGCUCGUAGGAGGACCACCACUCAGAUGGAGUUGCUGUACGCCAACAGCGACUCCGCCCCCGAUGCACCCACCGCAGACUUCUCCAGUCCGAUGCUGCCGUUAGCCGAAACCCCAGAAGGGGGAGGAGACGUGGACUCGUCAGGCUCAUCAGUCAGGGACUACACAGCUCUCUCCCCCGGCUUUUCCUCUAAAAUGGGCAGCAUUUCUGGCUCCAGAACUUCGUCAGGGGUGGAAAAGCGAGCGCCGGAGCCUUCCCCGCUCUCUCGCAGGAAGACCUAUGACAAGGCACAAGCAGCGGCCGACAGGGCAAAGGUCAAGGAGAUUAAACAGGGCGUCAUUAACCCGGUGCCGGCCACUAAGAGCAGUCGUGCGGCGACGUUGCAGUGCGUCCACGUGGCGGAGGGACACAGCAAGGCUGUGCUCUGCGUCGACUGCACCGACGACCUUCUCUUCACCGGAUCCAAAGACCGGACCUGUAAGGUGUGGAAUCUGGUGACGGGUCAGGAGAUAAUGUCCUUGGCCGGCCACCCCAACAACGUUGUGUCAGUCCGCUACAGCUCCAGUUUGGUCUUCACCGUCUCCACCUCCUACAUCAAAGUCUGGGACAUCCGGGACUCGGCCAAGUGCAUCCGAACGCUAACGUCCUCUGGUCAGGUCAACGUCGGGGAUGCUUGUGCGUCGAACACCAGCCGGACCGUCACCAUCCCAGCAGGAGAGAACCAGAUCAACCAGAUCGCUCUCAACCCCAACGGGACGGUUCUGUACGCCGCCGCCGGAAACUCGGUCAGAGUCUGGGACCUGCGAAGAUUUGCAUCCACAGGGAAACUCACCGGCCACCUCGGCCCAGUGAUGUGUCUGACUGUGGAUCGGUCCGGAAACAACCAAGACCUGGUUAUCACCGGGUCCAAGGACCAUUACAUCAAGCUGUUCGAUGUGACCGAAGGCUCUCUGGGGAGCAUCAGCCCAACACACAACUUUGAACCUCCCCACUACGACGGGAUCGAGUCGCUGGUGGUCCAGGGGGACAUUUUUUUCAGCGGCUCUCGAGACAACGGCAUCAAGAAGUGGGACCUGGACCGCAAAGACCUGCUGCAGCAAGUCCCGAACGCCCACCGUGACUGGGUUUGCGCCCUGGGUGUGGUCCCCGGGUCCCCGGCCCUGCUGAGCGGCUGCAGAGGAGGGGUGCUCAAGCUGUGGCACACGGACACGCUGGGGACUCUGGGGGAGCUGAAGGGUCACGAGAGCCCCAUCAACAGCAUCUCAACCAACAGCAGCCACCUGUUCACCGCCUCCGACGACCGGACUGUGAAGAUCUGGCGUGCACGUGGUGGACUGGACAGCUCCUUAGAGGCGGCGGACAACGUGGACGAGGUGGCCAGUAACUGAGCCGCCUGCCGGGUUCGACUCUGGAAGGACACUAACGGCAUCUUUCGAUGCUGCUUUCCUGCACUUUGACCCCUUUCUUCUUAAGCCCAGUGCUGACUCCUGGAACACACACCUUCCACGCCAUGUAACCUUACACUCUGUACGCUCGCAGAGCUCAGUCGUAGUUCACCGUAUUGUUAAUGACUCUCUGCAGCAAAAACUCAUCCUUUUCUCUUUUGCACUGUAGAUGAUCCGUCACAGUGGAUCGUGAUAAGAACUUGUCCUCACAAGGUGUUUAUUUAAGCGUUAAACACGACAAAAGUGUCUGCCGCUCAGCGCUGUGUCAGGAUAACGAACACCCGCAGACACACAAUUAUGCAGGAAAAGGGCCGCGGCGUGUUUUGUUAGAUUAGCGAAAAACAGACAGGAAGUCGAGCGUAAGAGGAGAAAAAGGCGGCAGAGCUAACGGGUUGGUAGCUGGUCUUCGCAACCCAGUUCUCCGGUUUCUUGGGAUUGUUCAGCUUGUUUUCUCUGCACUCGAAGCAGAGCCAAUGUACCCGCGCUCCUUUUCCCCCCCAGAGAACAAAAGUGGCUUUACUGUGCGUGAAAAAGACAAAUCACCGUUCCCCUUAACUUCCCGCUCCUGCUUUUGUGCUCCUCCCUCCUCAGUCUCUGCAGCUGUUUAAAGAUCAGCGACCAAAAUUGUGCGAACUUGUCGUCUUUGCUGCUCCGCGCUGCACCCGUGAGCAGAACACACUUUACAGUAACAGUUCAGCACUUUGAGAAAUACGCUUAUGUGCUGUUGUGAUUGUGAUGGUGCAUAUCUGUCUGUUAAUGUAAGGCUACAGCCAGCAGCUAAUUAGCUUAGCUUAGCAUUAAGACACAGCUGACAACAAAACCUGACUACCAGCACCUCUAGAGCUCACUGAUGAGCUCUUGAACACAUUAUAUCUUGUUUCUUAAUCCGUAUGAAAAACAGAGGGUAAAAGUUGUAGUUGACUGGGAGGUUUUGUGCUGGAUCUCUUGGCCAAGCUCAGUAACGUCCUCUCCCAACUUUGGCUUCUUUAUGGUUUAAACGAACAAGAUGCAAUGAGUUAAUAAGCUUUGGAGGCGCUGCCAACCGGAUUCUGUUACCUGCUGACAGCCAGGCUAGCUGUUUCCCCCUGCUCCCAGCCUUUAUGCUAAGCUAACUGGCUGCUGGCUGUAGCUGGUGUCAAUCCUCUCUGGCAGAGAGCAGAUAAGUGUAUUUCCUCUUGAGCACUUGUGAAAACCACCACAGUUAGUCUUUGAGAAACACUUAAUCCUUCUUAAAUGUGAGCAGGUUCGGCGUUUGUAUUCCACACCUGUUGUCCAUGUUUCAUCGUAUGUAAAAAAAAAAAAACAAACGUAUGUUCACGCUUCACGUGUUGCAGUUA